AUGUGGAUACCUAGACCACCAAAUGGUCCUGAUAGACCCGGACCAGGACCUGGUUGGAGUCUUGGGCCGAGUGGUUCUCCUCCUCGGCUGGGUUUUCUUUAUCACUUCUGCACCAUUAUCUCUUCUUGCUUCUAUGUUUUCUGUUGUUGCUGGCUUUUAGAAGACCGUUUUGGUGGGCCACGUCGUCAACACAACCAUCUUGGGCCUCCUUUGGAGUCACCUGACUAUCCAGGCCCAAUAUUUGGUCCUGAACCUCCACUGGGCCAUUUUGGCCAUCCGGGCCCUAUUAAAUUUCCUGGUGAACCUCCAUUGGGCCAUGUUGGUCCAUCAAAUCAACCGGGCCCUGUUGGAUUCCCCGGGGAACCUCCUUACUAA